AUGGGCAGUGGAGCCAGCACUCAUUUGCCCGAGUUGCAGACAGCCUCGGGGGAGGACCUCAAGCAGCUCUACACGGAGCUUUCGGAGGAGGCCAAGGCGAAUGUGAAGAAAGCGCUUGAGGCGGCGUCUAAGAAGGCCAAAAUUUUGAUCGUGACCACCUCUGCCUCCAAAAUGGGCGACCACGAAACGGGCGCAUGGAGUGAAGAGAUUACCGGGCCAUACUACACCUUUGUCGACAAGGGCUUCGAGGUGACCGUGUGCUCGAUCGCCGGUGGCGACAUCCCCAUCGACGCCGGCUCCUUGAGUGACCAGUUCAAGACCGAGAACGAUAAGAGGAUGAUCGAGCAGGGCAGCACAGCACUCAAGGCCACGAAGAAGAUGUCCGACAUGGACCCGGUAGCUUUCGACGCUUGCUUCUUCGCUGGGGGCCACGGCACAUGUGUGGACUUCCCAACUGACGAGGUGGGUGACUUCAUCACCAAGGCAGCCGCUGCCGGGAAAGUAGUCGCUGCAGUGUGCCACGGCCCCAUGUCCUUGGUGAAGGCCAAGGGUGCAGACGGAGAACCUCUGGUGAAAGGCAAGAAGGUGUGCGCCUUUACGGAUGUUGAGGAAGAGCAGGUAGGCCUCACCGGGAAGGUGCCCUUCCUCCUUGAGCAGAAGAUGAAAGAGCUCGGGGCAGAGGUUAAAGUCGGUGAUCCCUGGACCGACCAAGCGGUGCGAGACGGUAACCUAGUGACCGGCCAGAAUCCGCAGAGCUCGGUAUCAGUGGCCAAAUUGGUCGCUGAGGCCGUCGGCGCAUAA